UCUGGUAUUGCUCUAAGGAUGCACAAAAGCUCAAUGUAGAUUGGCUUUCCAUCUUUGAGACACCUACUGAGGCCAGGGUAACUAGGGUAGCAUUGGGCCCAUGACUCGAGAUUUUCCCCUCAAAGAAUUUUUUUCUGUCGAGGCCUCGCCUUCCCUUUCAUUCUCACUCCAUUGCUUUCGCUUCAUCACUGCGGGCUGCGCCUGACAUACCUCUUUUUGACAUUUCAACCACCUAUAGGGUGGGUGCUGGUUUCGGAGUAAUAUUUUAAUACUUACUAUAACUAAUACCCGGGACGGCUCUCGUCUACUUUUGCACACAAUCCUGAGCUGGUUAUCAAUACCUCAGUGUCCAGGUCGACACUGCCGACGGCGAUAAAUACGUUCAUAUCGAAACUCAUGACGCCAUUCCGCGGGAGGGCCGACGGCGGUGGUCCGCUGGCCUCCAGAGAAAAAGAGUUUAAUCCUCCCCGCCCUCCAUUUUUGAAGCACCACUCGUCGACGCCAUCGAAUGACUCUUUGGGGAGGAAGAUACAAAGACACCUUGAUGCCGGAAAUCCUUUGUAUAUCGGCUUCGAUCCCGCGAAUCCGCCGAGAGAUAGUACUCUGGCCGGGCAGGCCAGAGCAGGGGAUGCAGAUAGAGGUGCGAAUGGAGAGGAGCACACUACUGCUGGCAGGAGAAAAGGCCGGGGUUGGAGGGUGGCGAGAGUGCUCUCUUGUGGGGUUCCGCUGGACAUUUACGCGAAGAUAAUUUUGGCAACUGGAAUGAUACUGGCACUAUCAUCGCUGCUGUGGUCCAUAAAUCGGCUCAUACGUAUGUUUUCCCCCAAGAUCUGGGUUAUUCAAUUUUAUUGUGCAUUCUGAUUUUGAAAUAUACUAGAGCGGAAGGGAGUGAUGGGUCGCGACAACCUAACGAUUUUUUCUUAUAUGAUAAUAUUCCACUGCAUUUGGGGCGUCAUCUUAUUCGCAACCUGCUUCUUUGGCUUCAUCUUGAUGUGGGGGAAAUGGCGCCGCUCACCGACCGCAGCACUAUUCUUCACCCUCACCUGGAUCCUCAUAACCAUACUCCUGCUCUUGACAUCAGUCCUAUGGUUAUACUUCUACUUCCAUCUUCGCGACAGAUCCUUCACGAGGUGUAGUGAAAAGACCACAAGCACCGGCCCAGCAUUUGACCGUGACGCUCCUGUUCGCCAAGCAACAAAAACACAAAUAGAUAACUGCCUGCUAAGAAGAAGAACACGUGCGGGCGAGAUACUACCCUGGGGGAUCGCUUACACCUUAAUGUCGUACGCUGGUAUCAUAGUCGCUCUCUGGGGCAUGGACUACAGAAGGCGACUGCUGGAGAUUCGGGAGUGCGAGGAGCUAGAGAAGGGCCCCGGCGCUGAAGGUGAAAAAGUGGGAUUAUUAUUGGGGACUGCACCGCUUGGCCGGUUGGCUCAUAGUAGGAGAAUGAUUAUCGGUCCUAGAAAGUCAGAACUGGAGGUGUCAUCGGUGGAAGAGGGGCAAAGGCCGAGGGAUACAAUAGUGCGCUUCUCCGGCACAGUACGAGUGGGAGAGGCAGCGCCCACUUCCCCCUCGUCACAUGGGCGGCAUCGGGAUCGAAAAGGAAGCGAUUCAUCCGUGGAAAGCUUAGGGCUAGGAAUCUCAGUCGAGGGUCAGAGUUUCGUAGGGAAUAGUUCGCAAGGGAGGGGCAUGGCAUAUUGAGCUGAAUCGCUAGAGUACCUUGUGGGAAUAGGCUCAUUCUCUUUUUUUUCCUUUUUUUUCCUUUUUUUCCCUUUCCUUACCCCUUCCCCACUUGUUACAGGCGACAACCCGAUGACAGGGAUUGAACGAAUGUACCGGUACUCGUACCUGUAUCGUCGAUUGUUGGUGCCAUCAGUGCGCCCAUGCAGAAUUUGAAGUCGAAUAUUUUUAGGACUGACCUCACUGCCUGUAACAAGUACCGGUACUCGUACUGGUACAGGUACAGUACAGCCCGCGGUUGAAGGAAUCGGAAGAUGUGGAAAUCAAAAAGUUAGAAACACGGUCGCUCAAUUGGCCCGAGCCAGCUGAACGCUCCAAUCUGCAAUCCAAAACUACAGAAGCUUUUUUCCACGUUUUCCAAUUUUUCAACCGCAGGCGGUACAGUACCGGUACUAUACCGCAACUCCAAUUACGGUAUUCCUCUCUUUAUCGCGUGGCAUCCAGGAAGGGCGUUUAUUCAUCCAUUCUCCCCGUCGCGAUCCCUUUCUUACUAUACUUUCUUUACGCACCUCCAACCUACUCCUUACUUUGUUUCCAACUCACCUGCCGAAAAGCAGUCUCUGUAUUUUAUCCCGAUGCACGGCUGAACUUUGAACCCCC